CUACUUAGAAAAGAGCAGUCAGGCUGACUGCCAGACCCCGAUCCAGCUGGAGGUUCCUGGGGCUGCCGGCUGGAGCAGGGUCUCCGCGAACCCCGGCCCAGAGCCUGUCACUUGCUGUCGUUUCUGGUAGACGUUAAACUCCCCGAUGGCCAACGGAGCAGCCGAGCUGGAUAACAUGGAGGUGCAGCUGCAGAACAACAACACCCACUGGGAGAACAUGGACAGCCAGGCCUGGGAUGACUCCACGGCCACCGCCAAGCUGUUCGAGUGCUCCCGCAUCAAAGCACUUGCCGAUGAGCGCGAGGCUGUGCAGAAGAAAACCUUCACCAAGUGGGUGAACUCGCACCUGGCCCAGGUGUCCUGCCGCAUCAGUGACCUCUACGCCGACCUCCGCGAUGGCUACGUGCUGACCAAGCUGCUGGAGGUGCUGUCCGGGGAGCAGCUGCCCAAGCCGACGCGCGGGCGCAUGCGGAUCCACUCGCUGGAGAACGUGGACAAAGCCCUGCAGUUCCUGAAGGAGCAGCGGGUGCACCUGGAGAACGUUGGCUCGCACGACAUCGUGGACGGGAACCACCGCCUGACGCUGGGGCUCAUCUGGACCAUCAUCCUGCGGUUCCAGAUCCAGGUGAUUAAAAUUGAGACGGAAGACAACAGGGAGACCCGCUCGGCCAAGGACGCGCUGCUGCUCUGGUGCCAGAUGAAGACGGCAGGGCCGUAUCCCCGAGUGAAUAUCCAAAACUUCACCACCAGCUGGAGAGACGGCUGGAUCCUUCUAACGCCCUGAAGCCACCGGCAUAGGCCAGAGAUCAUUGACUUCAGCAAACUCACCAAAUCCAACGCUACUUACAACCUGCAGCAGGCCUUCAACGUGGCCGAGCAGCAGCUGGGCCUGACCAAGCUGCUGGACCCGGAAGACGUGAACAUGGAGAGCCCGGACGAGAAGUCCAUCAUCACCUAUGUGGUCUCUUUCUACCACUACUUCUCCAAAAUGAAGGCCCUCGCAGUGGAGGGGAAGAGGAUUGGGAAGGUGCUGGACCAGGCGGUGGAGAUCGAGAAGCUCAUGGAGCGGUACGAGCUGCUAGCAGCCGAGCUGCUGGCGUGGAUCGAGCGCACCGUCGGCAUCAUCAGCAACCAGAAGUUCGCCAACUCCCUGGCCGGGGUGCAACAGCAGCUCCAGGCCUUCACCACCUUCUGCACCCUGGAGAAGCCGCUGGAGCUGCUGGCCCAGCGCUUCGACCACAAGGCCGGCAUGCGGGAGGCCUGGCUCGGCGAGAACCAGCGGCUGGUGGCGCAGGACAACUUCGGCUAUGACCUGCCAGCGGUGGAGGCGGCCAUGAAGAAGCAUGAGGCCAUUGAGGCGGACGUCUCAUCCUACGAGGAGCGCAUCCAGGUGGUGGUGGAGCUGGCGCUGGCCCUGGAAGCUGAGGGUUACUACGACGUGCGGCGCGUCAGUGCCCAGAAGGGCAGCAUCCUGCGCCAGUGGGGGCUGCUGACCGAGCUGGUGGCUGCCCGGAGGGCCCGCCUGGAGCAGAGCCUGGCCCUGCAGACCAUCUUCCAGGAGAUGGUUUACAUGAUCGACUGGAUGGAGGAGAUGCAGGCCCCGCUGCUGUCGAGGGAGGUGGGGAAGCACCUGCUGGAGGUGGAGGACCUGCUGCAGAAACACGCCCUGCUGGAGGCUGAUGUGGCUGCCCAGAAUGAGCGGGUGCAGGCACUCAACCAGGCCGCCCUGAAGUUCUGCGAGCUGGAGGGUUACCAGCCCUGCGACCCCCAGAUCAUCCGCAACCGCGUGACCCAUGUGCAGACGUGCCUGGAGGAGCUAUGCCAGCGGGCAGCCCAGCGGCGCAUGGAGCUGGAGGCCUCCCGCCAGCUGUGGGCCUUCUUCCAGGAGCUGGAGGAGGCGGAGGCCUGGGUGCGGGAGAAGGAGCAGAUCCUGGCCUCCAAGCCGUGCGGCAAGGACCUGAGCAGCGUGCUGCAGCUGAGCGGGCAGCACAAGCUGAUGCUGGGACAGCUGGGAGGGCGCCGGGCCCUGCUGCACCAGGCCGUGAAGAAGGGGGAGCAGCUGCUGGCCACCCAGUGCCCCGGCACGGCCCAGCUGCAGGAGAAGCUGCGGGAGGUGCGGCAGCGCUGGAAGAAGCUGGAGGAGGUGACGGGAAUGCACCAGCAGAAGCUGCAGGAGGCUCUGAGCUUCUACCAGUUCAGCGCGGAGACGGACGACCUGCUGGUCUGGCUGCAGGACACCUACCGCCUGGCCUCCAGCGACGACUUCGGGCACGACGAGUACUCCAGCCAGGCGCUGCUCCGCAAGCACGCAGCCAUGGUGCAGGAGCUGGAGCGGCACCGGGCGCCUGUGCUGGCCCUGCGCGCCCAGCUGGCCCGGCUGGCCCCCCAGCACCACCAGGUGCUGGACGUGCAGAUCCGCAUCGUGGAGGUGGAGCAGCUCUACGGGGAGGUGGCCGAGGUGGCCGUGCUGCGGCACCAGUGGCUGCAGGACGCCCUGGCUGUGUACCGCAUGUUCGGCGAGGUCCAUGCCUGCGAGGGCUGGCUGGACGAGAAGGAGCAGUGGCUCUCCGGGAUGCACGUGCCGCAGGAGCUGGAGGACGUGGAAGUGGUGCAACACAGGUUUGAGAGCCUGGACCAGGAGAUGAACAGCGUCAUGGGGCGCAUCCUGGACGUGAACGAGACCGUGCAGCAGCUGGUGGAGGGGGGCCAUCCCAGCGCAUCCGAGGUGCAGUCCUGUCGGGACCACCUGAACGGCAGGUGGAACCGGGUGGUGGAGCUGGUGGAGCAGAGGAAGGAGCAUCUCAGCUCCGUCCUGAGGAUCCAGAACUACCUGCUGGAGUGCACCGAGAUCAAGGCGCAGAUCCGGGAGAAGCGCUGCUCUGUGGAGUCCAGCCAGUACUGCAGCGGCGACCUGGGUGGUGUCCUGGCCUUGCAGCGCAAACUCUCCGCCAUGGAGGCUGUCCUGGUGGUGCUGGAGCCCAAGCUCCUCGAGCUGCAGCAGGAGGGAGAGGCCUUGGCCACCGCUCACCCGGCCCAGGCGCUGACCAUCCUGCUGCACUUCGAGGAGAUCAGUGAGGAGUGGGAGGCCUUGAAGAAGACGCUGCAGGGCUGCGAGGACUCGCUCUCCGUGGCCAGCCGGCUGCAGCAGUUCAUCCAGGACCUGGACAACUUCCUGACCUGGCUGGUGAAGACCCAGGCAUCCGUGGCCUCGGAAGAGCUUCCCAGCAACCUGGCGGGGGCAGAGCGGCUGCUGAGCCAGCACGUGGCCCUCAAGGAGGAAAUCGACCGCUACGAGGAGGACUACACCAAGAUCCAGGCGGCCAGCGACCUGCUGGCCCUGGAGGAGGCUGACGUCCCCUGCCUCUCGCUCCAGCAGUGGCUGCAGAAGCUGGACGUGGGCUGGAACAAGCUGCUGCAGAUGUGGGAGAGCCGGCGGGAGGCGCUGGUGCAGGCGCAUAUCUUCCACCUUUUCCUGAGGGACGUGCGGCAGGCUGAGACGUGUCUCUACAACCAGGCGUCCAGCCUGGCCCACGCGGAGCUGCCCACCACGGUGGAGGCGGCGGAGAAGGCCAUCAAGAUGCACAGGGAUUUCAUAACUACUAUGGAGCUGAGCGUGCCGAAGACGACGCUGGCUCUGCGGGCCGGGGAGAGCCUGGUGCGCCAGGGCAGCCCCUACAGUGAGCGCGCCCAGGAGGAGAUGGCAGCGCUCAGAGACAAGAGCCACCGGAACUUCCAGCUGGCCCAGGAGUGGAUGCAGCAGCUGAACGAUCAAUUGGAUCUGCAGCGGUUCUUGCAGAACUGUCACGAGGUACGGACGGUCCCAGGCCCAGCCCCGUGUGGUGGGGGAUGUGACGUCCUGCACCCGGCAGGCCCCCUGCACACCUGCUGGCUCCCCACCUGCUGCUGGCGUUUCCUAGGGGCUUUGCCACGGGCCGGGGUGCACCCCUGGGUGCGAUGUUUUAUGAGCAUCUAUGGGGUGCACCAUUCCCGUCACCUGCUCGCAGGUGCGGUGAUGGGUCUCUGGCGGGGGAUACAGUCUGCCACUGACUAUUGGCUAAAGCCAGAAGGCGCAGACGGCGGCAAGGUGCCUGUUGGGGGGUUUGGCACAGGGAUGGUGAAAUCCUGCCCGCUGACCUCACAGGCCAGCAGCUCAUGGAGGAGAAGCCGGAGCUGGCGGCUCCGAUGGAAGAAGCAUGUUGGAGGAGAUCGCGAGUGCUGGGUGGAGCUCUAUGAUGGGCGGGAGGCCCGGGCCCAGCGUCUUCGAGGCCAGCAGCGCAGAGCACUCGUCGCAGUAGCUUCGCGGACCUGGACAAUGAGGGAUUGUGAACAUGCCGGCGAGCUGCGGGCACAGAGGUGGCUACCGGGCACCGCCGCCGCCCCGAUCCCCGCAGCUCCCGAUCGGCCUCCGCACCGCCCCGGCAGCCCCGGUCCCGUCGCCCUCGCAGCCCCUCGCAGCCCCCGCAUGCCCCGCGCUCUCGAUCGCCCCGCACCGCCCCCGCGCGCCUCCGGUCCCGCAGCCCCGCUCCGCCUGCAGCCGACGCCCUCCCGCGCCCUGCCCGCGUCCAUGGCCGGGCGGCUGCGCGGGGAGGGGGGGGCCCGGUCCCGGGGCCACAGUGUGCGCCCUGCUGCGCCCGCUCGGCCUGAAGAUGACCGUGAAGGCCAGCAGCUCAUGGAGGAGAAGCCGGAGCUGGCCGGCUCCGUGAAGAAGCAGUUGGAGGAGAUCCGGCAGUGCUGGGUGGAGCUCGAGGGCACGGCGCAGGCCAGGGCCCAGCAGCUCUUCGAGGCCAGCAAGGCAGAGCAACUCGUGCAGAGCUACGCGGACCUGGACAAGAGGCUGGUGAACAUGGAGGGGCAGCUGCAGGCUGUGGAUGCUGGCGCCAGCCUGGCCACCGUCAACAACCAGCUGAAGAAACUCCAGACGAUGGAGUCACAGAUGGAGGAGUGGUACAAAGAGGCCGGGCAGCUCCAGGCGCAGCUGGCCUCCCUGCCCCUGGAGCCGGCCAGCAAGGAGGCGGUGGACGAGAAGCAGACCUCAGUGGGGAUGCGGAUUGUCCGCCUCAUCGAGCCCCUGAAGGAGAGGAGGAGGAUCCUGCUGGCUUCCAAGGAGAUGCAUCAGGUCUGCCACGACCUGGAGGAUGAGAUUAGCUGGGUCCAGGACCGGCUGCCGCUCGCCACCUUGCGAGAUCCUGGGAGCAGCCUGCAGGCCGUGCAGAACUUCAUCAAGAAGAACCAGAACCUGCGGCGUGAGCUGCAGGUGCACCAGCCCCGGGUGGCCGAGGUGCUGGAGCGGGCGGGCGCCCUCACCUCCAUGAAGAUCCCCGAGGUGGCCGGGGUGCAGCUGCUGCUGGAGAAGCUGCGGGAGCUGUGGGGGGCGCUGCAGGAGCAGACGGAGCAGCGCCAGCACCUGCUGGACACCACCUACCAGGUGGAGCAGUAUUACUUCGACGUGGGCGAGGUGGAGGCCUGGCUCAGCGAGCAGGAGCUGCUGCUGAUGAACGAGGAGAAGGGCAAGGACGAGCAGGGCACCCUGCAGCUGCUGAAGAAGCACCUGCUGCUGGAGCAAAGCAUUGAGAACUACGAGGAGACGGUUGCCCAGCUGUCCCGCCAGUGCCGCGCCCUGCUGGAGCUGGGCCACCCCGACAGUGAACAGAUAAGUAGGCGGCAGUCUCAGGCUGACCGGCUCUACGUGUCUCUGAAGGACCUGGCGGAGGAGCGCAAGGCCGGGCUGGAGCAGCAGUACUGGCUCUACCAGCUCAGCCGCGAGGUGGAUGACCUGGAGCACUGGAUCGCCGAGAAGGAGGUGGUGGCCGGGUCGCCGGAGCUGGGCCAGGACUUCGAGCACGUCACGCUGCUGCAGGAGAAGUUCACGGCGUUCGCCAGCGAGACGGGCAGCGUGGGCAACGAGCGGCUCUCGGCCGUGAACCAGAUGGUGGAUGAGCUGAUCGACUGCGGGCAUGUGGACGCGGCCACCAUCGCGGAGUGGAAGGACGGGGUGAACGAGGCCUGGGCUGACCUGCUGGAGCUGAUGGAGACGCGGGCCCAGAUGCUGGCCGCCUCCCACGAGCUGCACAAGUUCUUCAGCGACUGCAAGGACCUGCUGGCCCAGAUCGAGGAGAAAAAGCAGCGGCUGCCGGAGGCGGCGGCUCGCGAGUCCCGCAGCUCCGCCGGGGCCCUGCAGCGGGUGCUCAGCUCCUUCGAGCAUGACGUGCAGGUGCUGGUGAGCCAGGUGCGGCAGCUGCAGGAGGGGGCGGCCCAACUGCGGACAGUGUAUGCCGGGGAGAACGCCGAUGCCAUCGCCACCAAGGAGCAGGACGUGUUGCGGGCGUGGAAGGAGCUGCUGGGCUCGUGCGAGGCGUGCCGGCUGCAGAUCACCACCACCACGGACAAGAUGCGCUUCACCAGCAUGGUGCGCGACCUCGUCUCCUGGAUGGACGAUGUCAUCUGCCAGAUCGGCACCGGCGAGAAGCCCAGGGACAUGUCCUCGGUGGAGGUGCUGAUGAACUAUCACCAGGGGCUGAAGAGUGAGAUCGAAGCCCGGAGCCAGAGCAUCGCGGCCUGCGUGGAGCUGGGCAAGACUCUGGUGCUCAACAGAAGCCCUGUGGCUGAGGAGUGCUGGAAAGUGCACCAGUUUGCACAGAGGCGUGUGGCCGAUGGCUGGCUCACCGCCCACGAGAUGAAGCUGGAGCGGCUGCAGCCCCGGCUUGACCGCGUGCAGGGAGGCACUGGCCGCUGGCGCCCGGAGAUGGCUCAGGAGCAAAAGCGACGGACUGAAGGAAGAUGCUGGCAGCCAAGCCGAGCCAGCACCUUCAAUGUGCCCACAGUGAGCCCGGGGCUGGCGGAGCCGGCCCAAGUCCACCAGGCCGAGACGCAGCCGGAGCAGCCGCGGGAGCAGUGCCCGGAGCCCAGCGAGCAGGAGAUGCCACGCCACGAGCAGGCGGAGAGGCGCCGGGAGCGCCGGGAGCGGCGCCUGGAGCGUCAGGAGUCCAGUGAGCAGGAGAUGCCGCGCCACGAGCAGGCGGAGAGGCGCCGGGAGCGGCACGAGCGGCGGCUGGAGCGGCAGGAGUCCAGCGAGCAGGAGACACCCCGGCACGAGCCCAAAGGGGGCGGCAAGACCACGCUGGCGGAUAUUGUGGAGCAGCUGCAGGAGAAGGAGUCGACCGCGCAGGUGCCGGCCCCACCUCGCGACUCUCCCGCCCGCCUUCCCAAUGGCCUCGACCUGCUGCCCGAGAGGACGCCGCGCCCGGACCGGCCGCGGGCCCGUGACAGGCCCAAGCCCAGGAGGAGGCCGCGGCCCAGGGACCCCAGCCAGCCCCCGGGGGAGAGCCGCAGGUCCCGCUCGGCGCCAGCCCAGAGCAGCGCCCCACCCCCCCCCGCCCCGACUAGUGACGGGAACGAGUUCCUGCUGCAGGCCAAGGACGAGGAGGAGAUGAAGAAGUGGCUCCAGGUGCUGGCUGCCUCCGCCGAGGAGCACGCCGAGAUCGCCCGCUGGAGCCAGGCUCUGCUCACCACCUCCUCCACCGACGAAGGCAACCCCCGGCGGGAGGGCGACCGGCGGGCCAGCACGUCCGGCAGGAGGAAGUGAGGCGGCCAGGGCAGUGCCGGGGCAGAGAGGAGCCAUGCUGCCCCAUGGUCGGCAGCGUCCCUCCGCGCCAGGCACCGAGCCAGCCCCUCCAUCUGCGCGUGUCCCGGACAGCCCCGGACGCGGUGCCCCUGCCCGCCUGCCCACUGCAGGAGGCUGCGCCCAACAGGGCCCGCGGGGAGAGGGGAGCCCGGGCGCUGGAAGGACGCCAGCACCACUCUGUUCGCCGUUUGGUGCCAGGAGACCAGCCUGGUCAGCCGGCCGGCUCCUCACCACAGGAUGAUAUAUGCAGAACCGGCACCGUGUUUGGCUGGGAGGGAAACUUCACCGGACUCAGAGACUCUGUGCAGUGGGGAAGGGGCUCAGCCACUUCAUUUCAUCCCCUGGGGGGCUUGCAGGAAUCUCCCCCCUCCCUGCGUGGUGCGGGCCCAGAGAGGGGCGGGCAGUCCUGGGAAGCCGAGGGUGUUUCAGGGCGGGGGAGGGGGUGCUUUUCAGGCAGACGCUCCCAGGGGAGUUAAGCAUUUUGGGUCACUCACAUAAGGGAGCCGGGCACCUGGCCCUCGCUCAGCCCACUAUGGACGUGGGCCCGUCACACGUUCGCCAGGUUCCGAGCAUACGCAGCGCUGGGUUUGCACAGCUCUCAGGGCCUGUCGCAUGGGGGUUGGUUCUGAUCACAUGCAGCACUGGGUUUGCACAGCUCUCGGGGCCCAUCGCACGGGGGGGGUGGGUUCUGAGCACACGCAGCACUGGGUUUGCACAGCUCUUGCGGCCCGUCGCACGGGGG